AAACGUUUAUUUAACAUUAGAGAUCGGUGUUAACCCGAACGGUGCAUCAUACUUCAAGUAUUGGCGAAAUACAGCGAGUGGGAAGUGAGUGGCUACCAAACCUCAAGCAGACAGCAGACGUUCAUUCCGUACAGGGUCAAGCUCAGAGAUGAUGCCAGACAAACAGAGCCUCUACGCCUCGUCUCGUGCAGGAAUAACUCCCAUUGAUUUGUAACCUGUGGUAAAGUAACGAGUUUAACACCCGAACCGCAUAACUGUACAACCAUGUAACGUCUACAGUUCAAAUUGUGUUUUCUUUUCUCUGACUUUAACUUUUAUUUUCCGGUUUUCUCUGCAACACGUGUGACAUGGACUAACAGUUAAAUUCGUGUUGCUAACGGAACGGAAGUCGAGCAAGACUAGAAUAACAUUCCAGUACCCAUGAACCAAGAUUACGUACAUAUCAUCGAUUAUUAAGCAGCAGAAACUUCACAUAUUCCAAACUAGUUAAUAAAUUAAUAAGAAACAUCUAAGUUGACCACCAAUAGAACUUCCAAGAUGUUAACGUCCUACACAUCUGCUCAAAAAACUAUCUGUGCCUUUCUCUUGUCGGUGGCCAUAUUACUAAGUUAUUUAAUUUAUACGGUGUCUGUGCAAGGUCAUCUUGACGUAAGUCUUGGUGACCUUAAAGUCGAUGCCAUUUACCAGCGAGCAGUUCAAAAAGAUGACGGGAGCAUCGAGCUUGUGUUACACAUUCCUAAUUCCAAUGGUGUUAUGAGCUCUAUUGAAAAAUCACAGAACUUUAAAAUUAUGCCCGAGAGAUAUAAAUCAAAACGAGAAUCAAUGAACGAUACAAAAAAAUCUCCAGCAAAAAAGACUCAAUAUCCAUUAACAGUGGCCAGUCCCUACAUCAUAAACAGUCCAAAUCUGUGCAAAAAUGUUACGAACUUAGCUUUUUUAACUAUCGUCCACACUGCCACAGACCACUUCGAUCGUAGACGUAUCAUCCGAGAAACGUGGGCUAAUAAAAAGUUGUUUAAAAAUAUAUCAAGUAGGAUCGUAUUUGUGUUCGGUUUAACAAGGGAUCCAAAUAUACAAGCGUUACUGGAGAACGAACAAGUUGUACAUGGUGAUAUUGUACAGGGAGAUUUUCUGGAUCAUUAUCAUAACUUAACACAUAAAGGUGUCUUGGCUUUUAGAUGGGUGUCCGAAUAUUGUAACCAUUCCCAAAUAAUUGUUAAAAUUGACGAUGACGUCUUCUUAAACCCGUUUCUGUUGUUACUAAACAUAAUUCCGAAAUAUAAGAACAAGAAAAGGUUUAUGUUGUGCCACGUGCGUAAAAAAGGUACAAGUGGGAUCAUGCGCGGAAAGAAUUAUAAAUGGAACGUGGAAAGCGAUCAGUUCAGAGGGUACAAAAACUACCCAGUUAAUUACUGUAAUGGUUAUUUUGUUCUCAUCUCUCCAGAUAUUAUAUCAGCCAUGUAUCGUGCUUCCUGGUUGACGCCAUUUUUCUGGGUUGAUGACGUGUACCUGUACGGUCUGCUGCCGUCCAAGAUAGGUCAUGUGACACAUGAGGAUAUACGAUCUCACAUGACGUUAAAUAUGAAUACCGGUAAAAAAUGUUACGCGGAUCCCAAGCCUUGUAGCUUAAUGGUAGUAAAUGCAUGGAAACCAGGAGCGGCGGAAGAAAUGUGGAUGAAUAUUUUGAAAAAAUUAACUAAAGAACAAAAGCAGUUGGUUAAUGAUGAUUUUUUGUUUACGCACAACUGAUUUAUCAUAGAUCUCACACAAAAUGUGCUUAUGUACCCGAAAGCUUUGUAAUGUGGACACCAAGACGCUUAUUUUAAAAGAAAACGAUCUGUAAUUCAUUCACAUAGCCAUAAGGUGUGACAGUCUCCCAAACAGGGUUGUCUUCCCUUGCAGUUCACGACAGCGAGACUUGCAUGGGGGAAGGUGUUAUUUUACUAUCUAUCGAUGAUAUCGAUACCAAUUCCAGUCUGCUUAGACUUACAUAUAGGCGUCUCAAAGGUGUUAUUUUACUAUCUAUCGAUGAUAUCGAUACCAAUUCCAGUCUGCUUAGACUUACAUAUAGGCGUCUCAAAGGAGGCCUUCGGGGUAGGACCUGUCGUAAAUCAUGCACUGCUUUUUUAUACAGUCAAAAGUUUUGCAAAUUAAUAUACAUUCUGCAUGUCAAAGUUAACACGUACUCACACACUUUAGGGUUUUAACAUUAUAUGCAAAUUAAACACCGCCUAUUCGUGUUUGUCAUCUUUUUGUCGUAGAAUUUAAACGAGGUAGUUUUCCAAAAGUUAAUCACGCUGUAUAAAAAUGUAUCAAUAAAACAAGCUAGAAUACAGAGGUUGGGUGGGGUGGUGCGGGGUAGUUUUCUUUUUGAUAUUUCAAACUCGGAAUAAAGAGUGUUUAGAAUAUCGUGAAUAUAUUGUCCUCAUCGUUGUAUUGUUUACUCGUGAAAGCUGCGGUGAGUUAGUGAAUAAGGCAUUAGAUCGCUAUUUUCGGUAUUUUCCGACGUGGUUUCCACAUUUAAGUGGUGCAGGACCAAGGGACUGACAAGCAACAGCGUUUAGUUCCGCGUACACUUUAGCAUGCAGGUAAACGAACCAUAUACUUGGAAUUCGAAAUAAGAAUAGACCGCAGUGCUGCUGUCCGGGCGACCUGUUAGGGCAGACAUAUACAAUUUUCGUACUACUGCGGGUAGCCAAUAUUAUAAGAUGUUAUAAAAUAUCAGAACUCACAAUCAGCAUUAUCCUUUAUUGAAUAAAACGUAAUAUGUAUAUAUGUAUUUAUCAUGCUUCAAAGCGCUAGAGUAGAUUUAUUUGGUUCACCCCACUCGGCUGUCUUUCUUUUCUUAUUGGUGAUACAUUACAGCUACGCGACAAUAUUACGUGGACAUAUGGAACGGAAAUGUGACAAACUGUUUUUAUGUAACAAAUUGCAGUUUUAAUCGACUAAGUCGUGCUUUCUUUUUUAUAUAGGAAAAUUGAUCCGAAAAGUUUAAAUAAUAUAGUUUACUACAAUACUUUCGCCUGCAUCGUUCCUGAAGCAUAUAAUGUAAUCUGAAGGAGGGUUGGGUGGCCGAAUGGUCUAAGGUGUGCGCUUUAAGCGCCAAUAAACGCACAAACUUUUUCAUCAAUAGUAUUGACGUCAAAUUAUUUGACGUGUUUUUGAUUGUGUAUGGGCGAUAUUGAUCGACGGCCUAAAAGUAUUGAUGUCAUUAUAUUCUAGAUAGAUAUUUUUUGCGCAAACCACCAAUAAGGCUAUAGCGCAUCCAUUGUGCCAGUUGGGCCCGAACUAAAUAUUGCAUAAUAUAUAUUGAGUGUGUGGGGCAAACGUCAAAACUAUUGAGAUCAAUACUAUUGAUGAAAAAGUUUGUUCGUGUAUGGGUCGCUUUAGAUAAAAAGGUGGCUGUUAUAGAGUCAAUAGUCGCGUGGUUUCGAUACCACACUUAUACGUGACAAGGAGUAGGGUUGCCUGUACAACCUAGUGGGUCCCCCCCCCCCCCGACUGCUAAAGAUCCCUAUACGCACAAGCGAAUUAGUGAAAUAAAAUUGUAUCAUAAAUUAGUUUCGAAAUGACCUGUCGUAUUGCAUUGUGUCUGUUUUUUUAAUCUGAAUACAGUUAGUGCAUAAAUGGCAAAAGAAAUUUAGAUCCUCGGACAUUAAUAGCUCUUUGAUUUAGUUGAAAUUAAGGUUGAUUUGAUGGUAAGUACUAUACGAGUGUAUGUUUGUUUCGAAAAAUUCGGUGCAUGUUGAAUUGUUUUAAAAUUUAGUUUUCAUUUUUGACCCAAGAUGUCUACACAAUAGAUACAGUUUUACAGCAGAUUGUCUCCACACAAAACAAAUUAACAUAUAAAAUCCAGUGAAAUCGAGAACUUUAUUUUGGAUCCAAAUCAAAGAGAUUUAUAUAUAGUCAUCCAAAAGUGCCACAGCGCCAACCGAUUGUCUCAUGCCAUAGUCAAAAAAAAAUAAAAAAUAUAAAGAACUAUA